AUGAUACCAACGAGCCGAAAGCCCAAGGCCGUGACAAAGAAGCUUUCAACACCAUCCCCAGGUUUGAAUGGGUCCAUUAACGAAGGAAGAAAGAUGAACAAAAAUGACUUGCUCCUGAAAUUUCAGGAUCAUAUUGGCGAUGAUGAUGACAUAUUUGGUACCAAUGAAGGAGGGCUUAAUUUCGAUGAUGACUUCAAUACGUUGAAAAUCAAUGAUCUCGAGACCUUGAAGGUUCCCCAGCAUUCCAAUAAUAAAAGCACAUUGAAUUUCGAGCAUGUCUUUGAGCAAUUUGACCAGGCUCUUGAAAGAAUCGGAAACAUGCCAGACUUGGGAAUGUCUCCAAUCGAUUCCAUAUCAACAUCGUCGCCAAAACUGUCUCUUCUCACCCCUAGCAAUCGUCUCGGUUUAGGACAGAGUGGUUCCAAGAGCAGAGCUCACUCAACUAGCCAUGGAUUAAGCCAAAUUACCCGGAAAACCUUGAGUGAAUAUAGUGAAGGAGAUGAUACCGAUGUAACCUCGCAAAUGAACGAGGACGACUUUGAAGAUCUUGACAACAUAUUUGGCGCAGAAGAAUCAGGAAUCUACGAAAAAAUUAACCAAAAAUUGGUGGCAAAGAAGUUAAAGCUACAAAAUGAAGCCGAACUAGAAGAUAUGGAGUUACAGAAGAGGUAUAAAAAACAAUUUCAAAAUCCACACGCCAAAGAUAUAAAUGCUACCAUCAAAAUCAAGGAUUUCAAUCAUCCUCAAAUGGGGAGUAAAACAUUGACAAACCAAAACUUGAGUUUGCUCGAUCAAUUGGAGAAUGACAAAACAAUUAACUACGAAUAUACUAGAGAUGAUUUCGAGGAUUUUACAGAGGGCUUCGACAAUAACUUUGAAAAGAAAUUGAGUUUGGAAAGUAGAAGAAUGCCAUCAAGGUCUAAUAUCUACCAACCCAGCACUAUGAGAAGCAAGGUUUCAAUGCCAAAUUUGAACAAAAGUGCUCCCACGACAAUAAAGAAAUACAAAUCAAGUAUGGAUAUUGUCAAUGCAUACAAUAUGAAAGGUCCUGGAUUUAACUAUAAUAACAACGUCAUACGAAAGCUUGACAGAAUACCAUCAUUUUACAAUCCCAAGAAGGAGGCUGAUGCUGAAACAUUGAAGAAGAAGCAACUGCUUUUAAGCAAAUACGCCGAGAACCAUCAACGAGCUAACAAGAGUAAUAGAGAAAGCUAUAAGAAUGAUAAGUCAAAACAUAAAAUAGGAUUGGUCAAGUAUUUGAACAACAACUCGGUAGUUCAUAAUCCAACUAUACCCACAAACACCAAGAGCAUGAGAUACGACCCUGCAAAUAAGCGUUGGGAAGGGAAUGAAGCAGAUUUGCUAAGAUUUGAGAAUAUGCACAAACCUUCCUUGAUUACAUUAAACGAUGUUAAAGAUAACGAGGGAAAGGACAAAAAUCCUAAUAUGGUUUAUGACAACGAGAAUUUAAGAUGGGUCAAUUUGAACGAUGAUUCAGAGUCCAUUUUCAAUGAUAUCCCUGACCUUGAAGACUUCAGAGAGACCCCGGGGUCAAAUAGGCCGGCUCUCCAAUCCCCAAUGACCAGAAGAGGGUUGAGUCAAUUCACUCAAAGGACUGUCUCGAGCAACACUCAUACAAGUGGCUCCGAUAGCGUAGACGACGACUUGGCAGGAGAGUUUAAGAUUUCCAUGAAGUUGAUCGACAGGUUCAUGAAAGAAGAGGAUAAAAUCACCAAGAAGACUCAUCACUGGUUUCCGGUCAACGAUGAAUACGACUUCACCAACAAUACGCGCAACGGCUUCAAUCCAGACUACUACUGGGAAAUCCGGAAGAUGGUGAUAGAUAACGAAUAA